AUGGGAGGCGAUUUCAUAAUUGGCUGCGUGGGUAAACCCUCAGCAGGCAAGAGCACGUUUUUCAACGCAGCCACAGAGGGCUCAACAGCCAAAGUGGGCAGUUACCCCUUCACUACAAUAACUCCCAAUGAAGGCAUCGGCUACUACAUCACAGACUGCCCCUGCAAAAAGUACGGCGUGGGCUGCAGCCCCCGCUACGGCCGCUGCGUCUCGGGGCGCCGCUCUGUGCCCAUACGGCUGCUGGACGUGGCCGGCCUUAUCCCGGGGGCCAGCGAAGGCCGGGGCCUGGGCUGCAAGUUUCUUGACGAUUUGCGGGUGGCGGAUGUGCUGCUGCACAUAAUUGACGGGGAAGCCACGACGGGCUACGACCCCAGCGCAGACCACGAGUGGCUGCUGAGCGAAGUGGAGCUCUGGAUCUUCAAGAACAUUUGGGGAAAGUGGACAUCUGUGGCUCGCAGGCACGCGGCAACGAACAGCUCUCUGCUGGACACGUUCUCGGCACAGUUCAGCGGCUACGGCGCCCCCCAGACACUUGUGGCUGCGGUGCUGCAGGAGUUGCACCGCAGCAGGAGGUCGCGCAGUCAGGCACUACAGGAAGCAGCAGCUCCAGCAGCAGCAGCAGCAGCAGCAGCAGGAGUCUCUGCGGGAGCAGCGGUAGCACGAGCAACAGAUGACGCUUCACUUCUGCCGGAGGACCUCACCAAGUGGGCUUCCGAAGACGUUAUGGAGCUGGUGAAGACUUUUGUGAAGAUUCGAUUUCCUUUUGUUUUGGUCCUCAACAAAUGCGACGCUGGGGGCGAUGUGGACAAAAACGUUUUGCGACUGUCUAGCAAGUUUCGGGACAGCCCUCUCGUGUUGACAAGUGCCCUCGCAGAGUGUUUUCUGCAGAAACUCCAGCAGCAGAAAAUGAUAGCAUACGACCCGUGCAGCGGCACGGCGUACUGCAGCGAGGACUUGCGGGGCCCGGGAAGCAGCCGCCUGAAGGAGGAGCAGCAGCAGCUAAUUAAAACCCUGAAGCCAAUCGACCCUAAGGCGUUCCAUAGACUGGAGAAAGUUAGGGAUCUCAUGCUCUUCAGACAUGGAGGGACGGGGGUGGCAGAGGCCUUGCGAGUUGCUGUAGAGGUCCUAGGGCAGCGAAUGGCGGUGUAUCCGGUGAAGACGUUGCAGCUGUCCGCCGUGGACAAGAAGGGAAGGGGGCCGUUUGUGGAGUGUAUGCUGGUUAAGAAGGGAACCACCGUCGGCGAGCUCGCUCAUUUGUUGCACCCGGCAAUUGCCCGCAAUUUCCUCUUCGCCGAAUUGCCGGACGGCCGACGUGUUGGUGAGAACGAAGUGCUGACCCCUGAAAGCAGCAUAAUUCGCAUUAACACAGACAAAGGUGCGCAAUGA